CUUGCCGUUUUACCCAUCGCAUGUGAUUGACAGGCGAGGUGGCUGGGGCACAAGAGAGGCGGUCGCCAUGGUUCCUCUUCUUCUUGCCCUCUUCUCAGUCUGCUUAGUUGGGCCGAGCCGAUGUGGCGGAUAUAUCAGUGAGGCUGUCGACGGGUUGGAGGAGCCGUUGCCACCGCUCAUAGACUCACUGGUGAUUCCCGAAGACGACUUUUCGGCUGAUCGAGGCCUGGAUAAGGAGACCAGUUGGUUUGGUCAAUCAGACCCGGCGGGUUCGUUGCACCUGGAACUGCCUCGUGGCGAAGGGGCUAGCGGAAAAGCCUUGGAGAGGGCUGCACUUGGGCCAGACUGGUCCGUCGGAACUCAGACUGACGAUAAUGAAGUGACAGAGGAAGAGAAGAAGAGGAGAAAUGAACUGUUGGAAGCGACGGAAGGGGCGGAUGUGGACGAAUCGAGCACAGGUCGAAUGAUGGCGGGUGACUUUGUUAGAGGCGUUGGAAACGCAGCGCAUCAGACGUCCCUCAGUCGACCGGGCCACAUAGUUGCAGUUCCAAUAGUGGAGACUGUCUGUCCGGGCCUGGUGUGUUUCGCACUGCCUCAGGCGGAGCCAAAGGAGACAAGUCUGCUCGACUGUCAACCGAGGCGUCCGACGGUGGGUGGUGAGGGUGUGCACAAUGUUGCCUGUCGGUACUGGCUGCGCUACGAACGAGCCAAUUGGCUAAGACGGGAGGAUGUUAUGCGGAUCGCAGAGGUGAAGCUGGUGCUGCGGCCGGAGGAGGAGACCGAGGCUGUAGAUGACCUCGAGGAGAGCUCGGCGGCGAAGCGGGCUCGUGUGCGGGUGCGAGUGCAUCAGAUGGCGCCGGGAUUGUUGGGCCGCCUGUUGGGCCACAUGAGGGCUCAUUUAAAUUUGCCUUCGGUCCGGCCAGAUGGUGGCGGUGCCUCGGAGACGGUGAUGCUGCAUCUCACCAUCUCCUACCUUCACUUUAACCGGCUGGGCGGUGGCGAUCUGGCCGGGCUGGUGAGUGAGCAUGGUCUGAGCAGCUUGAGUCUGUGGAACCCGGACGUCUGGGAGGCAGAGAGCUGGCUGGCCGAGACGAACAACCAGACGGGUCGAGAUGGCAUGACGCUUGAGGCCUCGGCGGGUGUCUACUUUCAGUUGACGGUCUUCUGUGAGACCGUGAAUCGAGAUUCUGCAUUUCGGCAUCUCUGGUUGCCAUGGAGAAAGUGGCGCAUCAAAUUUAAUCACUGCAACGAUGUGUACAGCUGUCGGCGCUGGAGGUUGCGAUAUCCCAUCUGCUCCGAGGAGGAGACGACGGCGAGUUCCGCCACUGACUAUUGGCGUACAAAAGCGGAGUAUCUGGUCGUCCCA